ACCAGCCGCUAGGCGGAGAAGGGGUGAGCACGACGCGAGGCGAGGCGAGGGAUUUUGCCGGCUCCCGGCCCUCCGAGGACUGAGCCUCCUAAGUGGAGAGUCGCCGUGGUCGGACGACACGGUGUGAAGACAAUAAAGACGGAGACAGAGCAGACGACUGGUGGCGGGGUUAGACGAGAAAGCAAGGCCUUGCCGCAGGGACUCGGGGUCGGGGAGGGGCGGGGGCGCGUAGGGAGGAAAGCCGGAAAUAGGGAACUACCACUCCCAGGAGGCCUAGCGGCUGAGUCCCGGAAGCUUGGCUGUGAAGCCUGAUGGGGCGGGUAGUUUUGCGAACUUUUUAACCUAAAGGUUUGAGAGGUUGGAAGUUCUGAGUCCUCGGGCGGCGACAGCGAGGGCGAGAUGGAGCUGGAGCAGAGAGAAGGGACCAUGGCAGCAGUGGGCUUCGAAGAGUUCUCAGCGCCGCCAGGCUCGGAGCUGGCGCUGCCUCCGCUGUUUGGUGGUCACAUCCUGGAGAGCGAGCUUGAGACAGAAGUAGAGUUCGUAUCUGGGGGUCUGGGCAACUCGAGCCUUCGUGAGAGAGAUGAAGAGGAAGAGGCAGCCCGGGGCCAGCAACGGCGCCAGCGGGAACUCAAUCGCAGGAAGUACCAGGCGCUAGGUCGGCGUUGCCGGGAGAUCGAGCAGGUGAACGAGCGGGUCCUGAACAGGCUCCAUCAGGUACAGAGGAUAACGCGGAGGCUCCAGCAGGAGCGGAGGUUCCUCAUGAGAGUGCUGGACUCCUACGGCGACGACUACCGCGCCAGCCAGUUCACCAUCAUGCUGGAGGAUGAGGGCAGCCAGGGCACAGAUGCGCCCACCCCAGGCAAUGCUGAGAACGAGCCUCCGGAGAAAGAGGGGCUGUCUCCGCCCAGAAGGACGCCGGCACCCCCAGAACCCAGCAGCCCGGCCCCCGGUGAGGGGCCCAGUGGGCGGAAGAGGCGGCGAGCACCCCGGGAAGGACGCCGAGCGGGAGUCCCACUGACUCCAGAACUGGCCCCAGUGCAGAUAAAGGUUGAGGAAGACUUUGGCUUCGAAGCGGACGAAGCCCUGGACUCAAGUUGGGUUUCCCGGGGGCCAGACAAACUGCUGCCCUACCCCACCCUAGCCAGUCCCCCCUUUGAUUGAACUGCCACCCCCUGCCCCGCCAAUAAACU